AUGCUCCGGUUUGCUUUGCCGGCGCUGGGGAUCUACCUCGCCAACCCCAUCAUGAGCAACAUCGACAAUAGCUUUGUUGGCCACUUUGGCGGCACCACUGCCUUGGCAGCGCUGAGCCCCGGAGGUGUCCUGGCAGACAACUUGUUAUAUCUCUUCAACUCAGUGUUGAGCGCGGCUACCACGGGACUGGUUGCACGGGCAUGGCCCAAAGGCGCCGCAAACGCUAGGGAGGAGCUCAUCCGGACCUUUAGUUUCGCGCUGGCUUGUGGUGUUCCCCUGAGUUUGUUCUACUGGUUUUGCAGCAAUUGGGUCCUUGGCCUCAUGGGUGUACCUCAGAACCUCCAGGCAAUGGCAGCGUCGUAUGCGCGGAUACGAGGUCUCGUUUCCUGGGCCUCGCUUGGCCAGGGUGUUUGCCUCUCGGCCAUCCUUGCCACGAGGGACGCUGUGACGCCGCUGCGCGUGGUCGUCGUUGCAGCGUUGCUGAACGUCCUGGGUGACUUCCUCCUUUGCUGCUGGCCCCUCCGAACAGGCGUUUCCGGGGCAGCUGCUGCCACAGCGAUUUCAACGAUGUGCGGCUUCGCAUUCAUGAUGCGCAGCCUGCAACGAAAGCAGAUUCUUCCCACCUUCCGACGCGGAGCCUUGCGCGAUGCUGGGCCCGUCCUGGAGUACGCUGGUCCUAUGCUCGUGAUCAACAUGACCCGCAUCGCUGGUUUUACUGCCAUGGCCUUCGCGGCCGCCGCCACAGGCACCAGGGCCCUGGCAGCCUACCAGGUGAUCCUUGGCAUUUUCGUGCUGUUCGCAUUCAUCGGGGCUCCCUUGAGCCAAACGGCGCAGAGCAUGCUCCCGCCGCUGAUUGAGUCCAGCAACACCUCCGGCGCAAGGAAAGUGGCAAAGAAUGUGCUGACCAUCGGCACGAUCGUGUCUCGGCUGGCCAGUGUCCUUUGCUACGCAGCUUUGAUGCUGGGGGCUGGUACCUUCACCGCUGACCCCGCAGUGUUAGCCGAAAUCCACGGUGCGGCCUUCAUGGUGUGCCUGGCCACCGGCACGCUGCUGAUCUCCAGUUCUGUCGACGGGGCUUUGCUGGCAGCCAAAGACUUCGGGUUCAUCGUGACGCAGCAGGUGUCCGUGGUGACGCUGCAGCUCUUGGUUCUGAGGACGGUCUUGCACUUGAAGCUGGGGCUGCCUGGCAUUUGGAUGACUUUGGCAGUGAGGGUCCUUCUCUUCGUGCCCAUUGCCCUGACCUGGCUUGGAAUGGGCUACGGGCCGCUAGGGCGCGUGCUGUUCCCAAAGAAAGGAACUCGCCCUGCCUGA